UAGGGAGGAAACAGAAACCCCACAGAGGAGAACUGAAACACAUUCAGGAUAAGCCCAUGCCAUGCGCAAAUGUGACAUACUUAGAAAAAAAAGUUGGGUUGGUCUGCUCAGCAGGUUGCGCAAAGUGUAUAGAGAGAGAAAGAGAGAAAGGGAUGAGCGCAUCGGUGCGCGCUGGGAACCAUCCGGACAAGAGCUGAAAGACGGAUAUUCCCUGCCUCAGGACACACCCUCCACUCUCUCUCUCUCUCUCUCUCUCUCUCUCUCUCUCUCAUUGUUUUCCCACACUGAAUCUGUCGCCGCCGGGCUUCGUAUUGGGUUAACAAAUGACCAACCCGCCGCGUAGAAGAGAAGAGCGCAACAUGAAAUCAUUCCGCUGGAGAGACGCAACUUCGCUGCCCAAAGUGGCAUGAAUAUAGAUGUUAUUAGGUUUCUUCUUUUCGUUUUUGUGUGCGUGGAUCAAGCUUGAAGAGAGACAGAAGAAAAAGAAGAAGAGAGAGUGUGAGCUAAUUGGGAUGAGAGUUCAAGUCAAGUGAGCCGGCAGAUUGGACAUUUAAAGCCUCUUAACGCAGGUGGUGGGAGGAAUACGGCGCGAGGGGAGUGUGUUUAUGCAACGCAUUGUGGGGGUUUGUGAGCAUGUGUGAUUCCCAGUGGUAAUCCACACUGGACACAGCGUCAAGGGGGGUGAUCAGGUGCGCGUUUGUGGGUCGCUGGGUGGGGGAUUAAUUUUAAGCGAAGACAGAGGUAGUUAUGGUUUCUCUGACCUGGACGGGAUGAAGUAGCUCUGUGGGAGUUUCAGGGUUUAAGACCGGAGAGGAGGAGAGCUGGGCGGACGGACGGACGCAGGGAGGGAGGAGGAGGGGGACACCACCACCGCCAAAGCUCACAACACGGUCCCCAAUCCCCCAUGACGCACGGAUGGAGAGCACAAGAGCGCACGGGAUAACUCGGCUCGAGCCUAGAAACGGGAGCGUAAAGAUCACCGGGAAGCCAGACAUGAGGAGUGUCCGGCACCCGGGACACCUCCACCUGAUGCGGACUGUGAUUUUUCUCAUCGCGCUCACGAUACAAUCGAAGGCUGUGUGUGCAGUUGGGAUGUUCGAGCUUCAGAUCCAUUACUUCCAGAACCCCCUCGGCCUUCUGCAGACGGGAGACUGCUGCGACCUCCAGGCCAAUGGGGGGCAGCGCUGCUCUGCCAGGGACCAAUGUGACACUUUCUUCCAAGCCUGCCUCAAGGAGUACCAAGCCCGGGUCAUCCCAACUGGAGCCUGCACCUUUGGGUCGGGCAGCACAGGGAUCCUGGGUGGAAACUCCCAGACGCUCCACCACCGAGGAUAUGAUGGAGGAGGAAGAGGAGGCGUAGAGGAUGGGACUAAUGGACACAUUGUCAUUCCCUUCAAAUACGCAUGGCCAAAGUCCUUCUCACUGGUGUUGGAAGCUCUGGACUACGACAACGACACAUCAGAAUCAGGUCAGUUGAUUGAGCGAGUCCUCCUCUCUUCCAUGUUGAACCCUGGUGAACAGUGGCAGACGUACCGACACCACGGGCGGUCUCUCAGCCUUCAUUACCGGCUUCGCUUCCGCUGUGAUUCAAACUACUACGGACCUUUCUGCAACAAGUUCUGCAGGGCCCGCGAUGACUUCUUCGGUCACUUCAACUGUGACCCCAGCGGCUCCAAGGUCUGCAUGGAGGGCUGGACGGGGCCAGAGUGCAAAGAAGCGGUGUGUAGGCAGGGGUGUCAUCAGGUCCACGGCUUCUGUACUGCACCUGCAGAAUGCAAGUGUCAUUAUGGCUGGAAGGGCACUCUGUGUGACCAGUGUGUGACGUUCCCUGGCUGUGUGUACGGAAGCUGCACCGAGCCCUGGCAGUGUGUAUGCGACGUUAACUGGGGAGGACUACUGUGUGACAAAGGUCAGAUAUGGGACCCAUUAAAAGUUGAAUGUUUUGAAGUAAGAAUGAAAGAAGGAAUUCAGCUUAAUUUUGAGAAUAAGCAGCCUGCACCACCUUUAAUUUUACAUUGUAAACUGGCACUACAAUAUCAACUGUCAGUACCUAUGUGGGUGUGCAGGGCCUUUGAAUUUUAUCCUCUUUUGUCAUUGUCAUCUGUCCGUCUUUUUCUCCUCUCAUCAGUGGAGCAUGCGUGUUUGUCGUCCCCGUGUAUGAACGGAGCCACCUGUUUAGAAGACCCGACGGGCUUCAGCUGCACCUGUACCGACGGCUGGACCGGACACAUGUGCACUGAUGCUGUGAGGCGGUGUGAUCGGAGCCCUUGCGGACGUGGAGCAACGUGUCAGGAGACUCCUGGAGGAUACCGAUGCCUCUGCCCGCCUGGAUGGACCGGCAGGACGUGCCAGCUGGACACCAAUGAGUGUGAAAUGAGUAUAUGCGUCCACGCCCGCUCUUGUCGCAACCUGAUCGGUGGAUACUUGUGUGACUGCCUUCCUGGAUGGACGGGGCCUAAUUGUGACAUCAGGAACAGCAGCUGUCAGGGUUUGUGUUUGAACGGCGGUCGUUGUGAGGACCAGUUGUCAGGGUCCAGAUGCUUGUGUCCACCUGGUUUCUCUGGGAAAUAUUGCCAAAAUGGUCCAAGUCCCUGUGACAGCGCCCCCUGUCUGCAUGGAGGACAGUGUGUGGAGAAGGAUGGAAGGACCGUCAACUGCAACUGUCCCACGGGAUAUUCAGGAGUCUUCUGUGAGAUUGCGUUGGAUCUGUGCAAUCCUAACCCCUGCCAGCAGGGGGUACCCUGUCGCAGCAUGGAAGGCAGAUACAUGUGUACAUGCCCCGAGGGUUACUAUGGUAACAAGUGCAUUAGCAUAAAAAAUCAACACUGCAUUGGUCAACACUGUCAAGAUGCCAUGUCUGACACGACUAACGGGGGUGUCAGCUUCUACAUCAUCCUGGUGAGCGUCUUAGCUUUGGUGACGGUCUGUGGCUGUGCUGCCUGUGCCUUCAUCUUAUCCCACCUCCAUCGAAAGCGGAAAAAGCAGCAGGCCAUCCCGCAGGAAGAAGGCAUCAACAACCAGAGGGAGUUUGUAAACCUCAUCAGAAACGUGGACCGUCCCGUGCCCCUCCUGCCCUCCGCCACCCCGAUCGCACACCCUCCAGCCCCUCCUGCUCCAGUCUCACGUUGCUACGAGGAGAUUGAACUGACCCUGCCGCCCUCCCCUGCACCUUCACACCCGUCUCCAGCACCAAAGCCAGCCCACGGCCCCAAACUGGACAUUUCAAACCGCGAGAGGGAGAAGUUGAACCGCUUUCACUACACAGACAACCAGGAGCUGGAGGCCUGACCCUUAACUUUUGAGCCGCUGAGGAGCUUUUUUUAUUUUAUAUCAUUUUGCGUUCUUCGCACUCUCUCGCUCACAGGGACCUGUUUCCAGUUUCUUGCACUGUGUCACUGUCGCAGUCAUGAAAAUGGGGUGACCCUAAGACCUUUAUGUGCUCAGAUAGAUCAUUGAAGGCUGCUAAGUAGAAGGGUCAAAAGUCUUACUGUGUUGCCGUCUUUUACCUAAUUAACUAUGAGAAGAAGCAGCAUGUUUGACUGAAAGACUCAUCAGACUCUUACAUUGAUGUUGGAGACUUAAAGCCUUGGAGUGCCUAAGAUACAAUCAAUAGUAACUAGAUGAUCAUCGUCUAGGAGUCUCUCAACCUGUCUCCUGGUCCAUGAUGCCAUCUGAUAGGUGUUCGGACCUCCACUUCUGUUUCAGACUGAACUCUGACAGACAGAGAGAUCAUUGAAUGGAUACUUAUUUAACACUCAGUGUGUGUUUCUGUGUCUGGUUGUGUGUCUGGUUGUGUGUCUGGUUGUGUGUCUGGUUGUGUGUGUGUGUGUGUGUGUGUGUGUGUGUGUGUGUGUGUGUUGUGUGUGUGUGUGUGGGUGUGUGUGUGUGUGUGUGUAUGUAUGUGGGGGGGAAAGUAAAGACAGUUUACUUUAAGAAAACAAAGUGCAUAUACUUGUCAAAGAGGCUGCAUACUCCUGCUCCAAAGGCUUUUAAGCCUUUUGAAAACUGUUUUAAAACUAUACACUGUUGCCUGUAUUGUCUCUGUAAUACUACAGCUUGUCAAAGAUGUAUGAUUUUUUUCAUACCUGUGUGUAAAAUAGCUUUUUUGUACAUGAAUAUAUUGUACAUAUUGAUGCCCUUUUUGUAUUGUGGUUUGGUCUGAAAGUAUCACUGUAUUACUUUGCUCUGUUUGUCCCAUUUCACUUUCCAUUUGGAGCAACCAGCACAUGUGGAUUGUAAUAAAAGUGCAUUUACCAACUCUA